AUGACCCUGGCUGAGUCAUUACAGGAUGAGCUCCAAUCGUGGAAAAAAGUGAGUUCUUCCUGUACCGUGGCUGAACCAGAUGAGAAAAGCAGAAAGGAAGAGCCUUGUAACAAUGCAGGAAUCCCUUUGGCCACAAAGUUAUGUUAUGCUUUUGGAGGAAUUCCAUAUCAGGCAACUAAUAUUUCCCUGGGCUUGUCCUUUCAAAUAUUUCUGCUGGAUGUUGUACAAAUGGAGGCGUUCUUUGUCUCUUUGAUCUUGUUCACCACUCGUGUGUGGGACGCAAUAACUGACCCUCUCGUUGGGUACCUGGUGAGCAGGAGUGGGCCGACCCCCAUAGGCAAGCUCCUCCCUUGGUCGGUUUUGUCCAUGCCGCUGGGCAUUCUGUCUUACAUCUUCCUCUGGUUCAUCCCACAUACUGCAGACAGCUCCUCAGUUGGUGUGCCUUGGUACCUCAUCAUCAGCUGUCUCUUCCAGACUUUAAUGAGUUGCUAUCAUGUCCCGUAUACAUCCCUUAAUAUGUUUCUCGGAGGAAGCAAGAGGGACAGAGAUUCAGCCACAGCCUACAGAAUGAGUGCGGAGGUGUUGUCGAUGCUGCUGGCUGCUGUGAUGCAGGGGCAGGUGUUAAGAGUGUACACCACUGAAAGAGAGAACUCCUGCGUCGACUAUAAUGAUGAGCUCACAUACAGCACCCCAUCUCCCUCUGUUUCUUCACUACAGAACACGCAAGAAGCCUUCAUGACUUCAGCUCUGAUCAUGGGUGCUCUUUUCUUCCUCUGCUCUAUGGUGCUCUUUCUGGGAGUGAGAGAACAAAGUGGGCCUGCAGGCAUUCAGAUAGAGAGGGGCUCAUCAUACCUUGCGGAUGUGAAGAAACUGAUCGGACACGUCUCGUAUCAGCGCCUGGUGCUCGGCUUCCUGUUUACCUCGCUUGCUUUCCAGAUGGCUUUAGGAAACUUUACUUUGUUCUGCAUCCAUGUGGCAGGAUUGGGAGCUCAUUUCCAAUAUCUAAUAUUGGCUAUACUGGUUUCAGCUACAGUAUCAGUUCCCAUGUGGCAGAUGAUUCUACUGAGGUUGGGAAAGAAGAGUACUCUUUUUAUCGGCAUACCCCUUUUUAUUCCUGUCGUCAUAGUCCUAGCAUCUGUCUCAGACAACUUCCCCGUCUACAUGAUCAUGUGCAUUCUGGUUGGCACCAGCGUGGCUACACUUUUCUUGUUACCAUGGUCUAUGUUGCCAGACGUGGUGGAUGAGUUUAUGCUUGCGAAUCCUUGCUGCAUGGCGAUGGAGCCCCUGUUUUUCUCCUGCUACUGCUUCUGCAACAAGCUCGGAGGAGGUCUCUCUGCUGGCAUCUCCACCAUGAUACUACACCUGACAGGUUAUAAAACAGGAGCAUGCAGCCACAGCGGAGGAGUCGUCUUGGCAUUACGCCUGCUUUUGGCACCGAUUCCCAUCAUCCUACUGCUGGUGGGUCUGGUCUUCUUCUAUCUCUACCCAAUCAAUGAAAUGCAGCGGCAGCAGAUCCAACAAGGCCAGCAACAAAUGAGAGCCAAGUCUCGAUUGCUUCCAAACAAAGAAGACGUCAAACUACAGCGACACAUGUCUACAAGGAGCAGCUUUCAAUUAAAGACUAGUACAAUAUCUUCUAAAUCCAGAGUGAAAACUCCUUCUUCUCAGCUGAGGUGUUUUUCUUCUAAGCCCGUGCAAAAGGACUGCAUUGCUAGGACAGGCCCUGCCGAGUGUAACGCUAGCACAGGCUGCACUUCAGAGGCACCGUUUCAUAAAACAAAAUGGAGGUCAAAAAGCAAUUUAACUAUAUCUCAGAUUAGUACACAUCGGUCUUCACUGAAGAGGAGUGAACCGUGCUCUACAAGGGCAGCAGUUACAUGGGUGUAAAUGGAUUGCUAAUCAGUGCUUUAGCUGCGGUGAACCUCAUAUAAUGUUUAGUUUUCAUUUAUUAUACAGUAAUAUGUACGGAAAUAUGACAUUUUAAUCAUUAUUAUGAGUAACAAAAUUGUAUACACAAUCACUAGCCGCUUUAUUAGGAACAUCUGUACCACUUGAUUAUUUCCCACCGUUUUUAAGUUUUUUUUAAUUUCGCGCUUUCCUGAAGCUUUUGCUAGAGCACGCUAAACUGUCUCAAAUUCAAAUUCUCGAUGGUUCUGUGACAUCACAUGCUAUAAAUCACCAAAGUAUUGGUUAAGCAUUAGCAGUAAAAUGGUACAAUGUACUUGUGAUUAUGAUGUAGUCACCAAUGACGCUGCUACAUACCCUUUCAAACGUGGUGAAAUGCUGAACUGUUACUAAUAGCCUAGGAAUUUAAACUAUUUCCCGACAAAGUACCUACUACUGUACAACUAACAAUUGGCUAUGAAUUGUCAAGACUUGUUAAUAACUGUGACUACAGAAGCUAUGAAGCUUCCAUCACAAUUCCAUCUAUUAAAGCAUGCUUUUUUGUUAGUUUAGUGCGCAGGGUUGGAUUUAGCCAUUUUACUGUAUU